AUGUCGACAAGACGAGUGCCCCUCUCAGCCAACCCCAAUGUAGCAAACUCUCCAGUACGGGGCAUUGCAGCUCUCACUGCUGCUGCCUCCAAGCAGAAACGAUCCUAUGCCAACAUUCAAAGAGAGGAGGCCUAUGGCCAGGCCCCACCAGCCAAGAAGCAGAUGCUGGAUAAUGGCAGCCAACGCGCCCUCCGGUCACCGACGAAACAGCCCUCCCGAAUAGCUGUUGCACGUGGUACAACACGAUCAUAUGCAGCUGAGAAUGUUCAACAGCAUGUUGGUCAGAAGCCCUCUGAGGAAGAGGUGGACCAGGUGCGGAAGUGGCAGAACCACCAACGCUCUCGUUUCCCAAAGUUUGUCUUUUACUUUGAGAGCAUUCCCGAUGAUCAACGGGUAAAGCUUGCAAAGCAGCUAGCCCAGCUCGGAGCUCGAGAGGAAAAGUUCUUCUCCAUCAAUAUCACCCAUGUUGUGACGACCCGUCCAAUUCCUCCAGAGAAGACCAGCAGCCGGCAAGAGGAAAUUCACGAGGAGGCUCAUGAUGUUCAGCCUCAACAUGAGGAGCCCCAGACGAUCAACCCAUCACUGUUGAGUCGAACCGCCGAUGUUGGCCAUGUAUCCGUGAAGCGAAAGCUUUUCGAGAAUGCUUCGACUCGAAGAAUGCCCGUCCAAGCUCAAGAUGUUAUCAUCCGCCAGCCCAAGAAUACACGAAAUACCGACGUUUUGGUUCGUGCCCGUGAGAUGGACAAGAAAAUCUGGUCGUUGGACAAGCUUCAGCGAAUGCUCAAUAUGUUGGUAGAGCCGGAUCCGUACCGGAGUGCUACUCUGGGCUACGGCUCUCGCAAUGGCAGAGCUAACGAGGAGGCAAACUUGCUCCAACUGCUUCAGAAGGAGCGUGUCAAUGGUCCCUCGGACAGAGAUCCAACGGUAGCAGCAAACGAGCUCAACUACUUCAAGGGCCCAUAUAUCUACAUAUACGAUAUCGAAGAGAAGCAGAAGCCCAUAAUGGUCAGGGAGUAUUCCAAGGUUGCCGAUAAGAAGGAUGGCGAGUGGCCACAAUUCCGUGCCUCAUCAAAUGGACGUUGCCCUUUCGUCGAGGAGUAUGACCUUCCCGAGAAGGAGACCAAGCGUCAGCAGGUACGAGAGAAGGAGCGCGUUGCUAAGCCUGCCGUGGAACCGGCGGCCAAGUUUCAGCCUCCUGAGGUCCCUCCGCCUAAGCCUGUCACUGGUAAACGUUCUCUCACUGAGAUGGAGGAUGGUCAUAACCGGAGAGCCGCGUCGACUGUUAGGCCGACUGAGAUCUUUGACCCUGCCAAGGCCACAAAGGCUCCUUCUGUUGACUUCCAGCCCCAGAAUGCCUUCACGAGCCGCGCUAAAACAGGUCGUUUCUUUGCUGGUGAGCCAGUCGCAUCUGGUGUUCAGCCAUCAAACAUCACCUCCGCCAUCCGGUCUCAGAUGAUCUCGUCUACAACCGGCGCUCUUGGAGCUAAGGCUGGUACGAGCAAGGAGAUUCACGGCCUGCAACGAAAGGUCUUGCAGAAGAGCGCCCCGACUUCUCAGGACCUCAGCUCUCGCCGCUUGGCGGAGAUGAGCAUCGACAACAGCACAUAUACUAGGUCAACUAGUCUGGGACGAGCCGUGUCCCGAAAGCUUGACACAGUUGAGGAGGAUGAAGCCCGCAAGGCUGAGAAGCAUAAGAGAACGAUGAGUGUGCCGGUAUCAGCCCCGGUUGUGAGGCAGAAGAAGCGUGAUCCGAAGCCUGGAUACUGCGAGAACUGUCAGGACAAAUUUGAUGACUUUGACGAUCAUAUUCUUUCUCGAAAACACCGCAGAUUCGCGGAUAAUGAUGUCAACUGGACUCAGCUAGAUUCUCUACUGUCCCAGCUGAAGCGCCUCCCUAAAUACGCGCAUGACGAUGACGAAGCCGAUGAGUGGUAA